AUGUCUCUAAAAGGAACAAGCCGCAACAUCAUCGUUGCGGGAGGCAGUGGGAGGCUGGGUAGCUAUAUUGUCUCAGGCCUUCUCGCAAAGGGCAUCCACAAUAUCAGUGCCAUUAGCCGUGUCGGCUCAACGGCGCAGUUCCCUUCUGGAGUGACGAUUCAUCGGGGAUUAUAUACCGAUGAGACAUUUCUGAAUACAGUGCUGCAAAAGCAAGACGUUCUCAUCGUCUGCCUGGCCAAGGCAACGCUGGACUUUCAGUUGCUUCUCAUCCGUGCAGCUGCCAAGGCAGGGGUGCCGUAUGUUCUGCCAUCGGAAUAUGGGGUGGAUAGCUCCAGCAAAGAAGUUAUCAAACAUCUUCCUGUAAUAAAGAGAAAAGUGGAGGCCCGAGAGCUAAUUGAAGAACUGGGAGUGAGCUCCUGGAUUGCUGUUGCUUCCAAUCCCUUAAUUAGCUUCCAUGUCCGCAACCUCAGGCUGGGAAUUGACGUCAAGAACCGCACGGCCACAAUAUGGGAUAAUGGAACCCGAAAACGGCCGCUCACCACGCUUGAGAUGCUUGGAAAAAGCGUUGCUGGCCUCUUGAGUCUCCCAGAAGAGGAACUUGCCACGAACAAGAAUCAGCAUGUCUAUAUCAGUUCAUUCUACGUUAGUCAGCGUGAUAUACUAGCUAGCGUCAUUCGAGCGACCGGAACCAAGGAGAAGGACUGGACAAUAGAAAAUGUGAAGCUAGAUGAUUUUCUCGCGGAGAAACGGGCGGAAUUCGACCGAGGCAACCUUCCCAUCAUAGAAAAAAUGAUUCUUCUGGUCGCCUUUAAGGAUGGACUUAAUGAUUUUCAGUCGGUUGUCAAUUACAAGAGACUUGGCGUCGAUCCGGAAAGCUUGGACGAUUUUAUAAAACAGGAGGUGCGCGAUUACCAUCUGUAA